CUUAUUCAUGUCAUCGUUGUGUUUUAUUGUAGGUAGAGUGAGCGAUAACUUUUACUGUCCAGCUUGACAGUCCCGUGUUUUGUUGUAAACAUACGUUUUAUUAGCCGAGUAUUGAGUACGCCUGCUUUAUGUGUCCUUUUGAAAGUGUCAUUCACUUGCAAACGACUGGAUUGCGUUCAGUUCAGCGCACUUCGCUCCGCCAGAUGGGAACGCCUCGCGCGCACACAUGGCAUAUCAUUACACGAUCGUAUGACAUCACUGCGCAUGCUCCAAUGACCCUAACCUGAACACUAUCUCCAGCUUGAAGACAUCUGACCAGGGAUGCUAUGGGCGGCUAGCUGUCCCUCCUCUCUCUCCUCCUUCGCCUGCCGAGUGGCUGCAAUCUCUGCAAAGUUUCAGCCCCAUAUCUGUCAGCCCUGGUGACAUAAGCCUCUAGCCAUGGCAGAGGAGGACUAUGGCCGUUACGUGGACUGGACCCAGAUGGGUGAGGGGGCAGCAGCAGCAGCCAGCGCCAGUCCAAUGAAGGGCGACGGCAAGGUUGACCCACGGGAGCUGAAGUCCCAGGCACGCUCAGGGGUCUGGGCCAGGAGCCACAAGCAGCGGGCGCUGGUCUACCAGCAGCUGGUCCGUGCCAUACCCUGCCGCACGGUCACGCCCGACGCCUUGGUCUACCGCGACCUGAUGGGGGACGGAGGGGGGAAGCGCCAGGCCUCCUCGCUCCCGCUCCCAGACUUUGUGGACGACACACCGGUGCCGUCCUACUGCCUCAAGGCGGAGGCGGUGGGAGCGGCGCAUGCGGUCAUCUCCUGCGUGGCGUCGCAGUUUCCAGACAUCUCCUUCUGCCCGGCGCUGCCCGCCGUGGUGGCGCUCCUGCUGCACUUCAGCCCCGACGAGGCGCGCUGCUUCGAGGCCGUCAGUCGCAUGCUGGCCUGCAACGAGCCGGGGCGCCGCCUCAUGGACCAGACCUUCCUGGCCUACGAGUCGUCCUGCAUGACCUUCGGGGACCUGGCGCACAAAUACUGCCCGGGAGCGCACAAGCUGGUGGUGGCCACGGCAACCGACGUCCUGGAGGUGUACUCAGACUGGCAGCGCUGGGUGCUGGGCGAUCUUCCCUUCCCCCACGCGGCCCGUGUGGUCGAUGUGUACCUGGUGGAGGGCUACAAGGUGCUGUACCGUGUGGCGCUAGCCCUGCUGAAGUUCUACCGCAAGCAGAAGGCGGCGUCUGCGGGCUCCGGGAAGCCGCCCCCGGCUCAGCAGGAGUCCUCCGUCAUCCGAGCUGACAUCCAGACCUUCGUCAAGGGCAUCGGCUCCAGCGUCACCCCUGACAAGUUACUGGAGAAGGCCUUCUCCAUCCGCCUGUUCAGCCGCAAAGAGAUCACGCUGCUGCAGCUGACCAAUGAGAAGUCCCUGCAGCAGAAGGGCAUCACGGUCAAACAGAAACGGCGUAAUGUGCAGCUUGCAGUGAAUGCGGAUAACUUCUCCUCCGAGAUUGUCAGUGCCAAGGAGAUAAGGGAUAUCUGGUCCUGGAUCCCUGAGCGCUUUGCUCUGUGCCAGCCAGAGCUGCUGUUCACCACGUCAACGCAUGGCUGCAGCCUCAACAGGUUCUACUCCCACACUGAGGGCCACGAGCCCACCCUUCUCCUGCUGCGCACCACAGAAAGAGAGGUGUGUGGAGCCUUUCUGUCCACUGAUUGGGAGGAGCGGAAGAGAGGAGGGAAUAAGCUCAGUUUCUUCGGGACAGGAGAGUGUUUUGUCUUCAGGAUGAAGCCAGAGAUGGAACGCUACGAGUGGGUAGUGAUCAAACACCCAGAACUGGCAAAUGCUGGGCAGUCGCAGAGCUUGGACCUGGUAGACGAGGACCCGCCUGACAACGAUGCCAACUCCAACGCUGAUGGCCACACACACACCCUCCCCGUGGAGCCCACUGGCCCCAACCCCUCGGAGCGCCUCUCCCCCUUCCUCUCGGCCCGCCACUUUCAUCUCAACUCCAGGAACACCUCCAUGUUCAUGGCCGGGAACUUUGACUCCAUCAUCAUCGGUGGAGGUGAGGGCAAUGCGCUCUACAUCGACGCUGAGCUGAACCACGGUCGCUCAGGCCGCUGCACCACCUUCGAUAACCCCCCACUCUGCACUGAGAGCUUCCAGGUGGCGGUGCUGGAGGUGUGGGGCUUCCAGGACGCCAUGGCCGGCUGAACACACACACACACACACUCACACACACUCACACACACACAUAC